CAUCAGGCCAAACAGAAAUUUUCUCAGGCAAGUUUUAAGAGGCUUGAAGCUCAAGAUAUGCAAAGUCACUUCCACAUUUUUGGGUAUCUUUUCAGCAGCACCCCACUCUACUGGUACCAAUUUACUGUAUUAGUCUGUUUUCAUGCUGCUGAUAAAGGCAUACCCAAGACUGGGUAGAAAAAGAGGUUUAAUUAGACUUACAGUACCACAUGGCUGAGGAUACCUCAGAAUCAUGGUGGGAAGUGAAAGGCACUUCUUACAUGGUGGUGGCAAGAGAAAAUGUGAAAGAAGCAAAAGCGGAACUCCCGAUAAACCCAUCAGUUCUCAUGAGACUUAUUCACUAUCACGAGAAUAGUAUGGGAAAGACCAUGCCCCAUGAUUCAGUUACCUCCCCCUGGGUCCCUCCCACAACACGUGGGAAUUCUGGGAGAUACAAUUCAAGUUGAGCUUUGGGUGGGGACACAGCCAAACCAUAUCACUAUCCUUUGGGAAACAUAAAGUUAGGUUGCCAACUUUAUAGCACUUCCCAGUUUAAAUUGUAGGAGGACAAGUUCCCAUUUCUUUUUUCUUUUUUUUUUUUGAGAUGGAGUCUCACUGUGUCACUCAGGCUGGAGUGCAGUGGCGCGAUCUCAGCUCACUGCAAGCUCCGUCUCCCAGGUUCACACCAUUCUCCUGCCUCAGCCUUCCAAAUAGCUGGGACUACAGGCACCCGCCACCAUGCCUGGCUAAUUUUUUGUAUUUUUAGUAGAGAUGGGGUUUCACUGUGUAAGCCAGGAUGGUCUCGAUCUCCUUGCCUUGUGAUCCACCUGCCUCGGCCUCCCAAAGUGCUGGGAUUACAGGAGUGAGCCACCAGGCCUGGCCGACAGGUUCCCAUUUCUUACUAAAGAGAAGUCUUGGCAAUAACUGAACAAUGUCUCUGGCAGUUUACCCCAGAAGGACAAACCUUGACUUUUACAGGAAGCUGGCCAGGAGUGACAUAGGAGCCAUCUGAUAAGUUGAAGGAAUUGACAUUUCUAGAUCACAGUGGAAAAACUCCCACCACCCACCCAAUGUGGCCUUCACACUGACAUGUUUGUUGUGUUCCUUGUAUCCAAGGAGCCUGUAACUCAGAAUGCAUGUACCUCAUGGAACAUUAAGGAACAGUCUUCAUAAGGGCAUAAGGGCUGCUGUUCUUGUGAUUAAACGCUAUUAAUAUAGUGCCCCAAUGGGGACAGUCUGAGUUACACACUAUUUAGAGUAACUCAAAUUGAUUCCUCAGUUUUUAAUUAAUAACAUAUUGGUGUUUUAAAUAAAGUAUUUUCAGAAGAGUAAAAAGGGCUUUAAUUAAAUCUGAGUCAUUUUAAAGGAAAUACAUGAUCAAAAAAGAGUAAAAAUGUGCCUCAAAAUAGACAUAAGUGGCUUAAAUGAAUGUUAAAACUAUAAAAAUCAAAAUAAUGUAGAAUGCACAUACUAAUUUGGAAACAGGUAAAACAGACAGAUAUAAGGGUUUUAUUUGUAGGGGGAGGGUCUGUAAAGUUAAUUAUGUGAACUUCUGAGUUGUAACUAUGUCUUUUUACAAUCUACUCUCUACUCAGUUUCCUUCUUUGGGGAACAAUGAUUUAGAUAUCCUGAAAAUGUCACAUCAGUAAGUUGAACAAGAAGAACAGGAGCUUUAAGAACAAGAUUCAAGAUGAAACAACACAAGUUUUGAAUAUUUUAUAAGUAGCUAAAGGCAGAAAAAGUUACCAAUUAUCUCAGACUUCCAGAAAGUGAAAAAAAAAAAAAAAAAACUAAAGUCUUAAUUGAAAAGAAGAAGAAAGAAAGACAUGAAGAAAGAGAUAGAGAAUGCGUGUUGAGAAUGGAGACAGCACUGUUGGCCACCCCAGGCCUGUCUUCCUGUUCACCGUGGGCAGCAGAGGGAUGGCUGCUCAGCUGCUGACUGAUGAGGCACUGGAAUCAGUGACGUUCAGGGAUGUGACUGUGGACUUCACCCAGGAGGAGUGGCAGCAGCUGGAGCCUGCCCAGAAGGACCUGUACAGGGAUGUCAUGCUGGAGAACUACAGGAACCUGGUCUCACUGGACUGGGAGACUAGACCUGAAAUGAAAGAGUUGGAUCCAAAGAAUGACAUUUCGGAAGACAAGCCCUCCGUUGUUGGGGUGGCUACGGGGGGACCCAUGAGGAAUGGUGCCAGGGGUCCUGGCUCAGAAAGAGUGUGGGAACCAGGCAGCUGGCCAGAGAGGCCGCGGGGAGAUGCAGGUGCCGAGUGGGAGCCAUUGGGAAUUCCCCAUGGGAACAAACUCCUGGGGGGCUCAGUACCCGGAUGUCAUGAACUGAAGGCAUUUGCCAACCAAAGCUGUGUCCUGGUCCCACCACGGCUGGACCACCCCACAGAAAAGGGGGCCUGUCCACCCAUAAGGCAUGGCAAGAACUUCUCCAGCACUUCAGACCUCAGUAAGCCCCCCAUGUCCUGCGAGGAGAAGAAAACCUAUGACUGCAGCGAGUGUGGCAAGGCCUUUAGCCGAAGCUCGUCCCUGAUAAAGCACCAAAGGAUCCACACGGGAGAAAAGCCGUUUGAGUGCGACACCUGUGGGAAGCACUUCAUCGAGCGCUCGUCCCUCACCAUCCACCAGCGGGUGCACACGGGCGAGAAGCCCUAUGCCUGCGGGGACUGCGGCAAGGCCUUCAGCCAGCGCAUGAACCUCACUGUGCACCAGCGCACGCACACGGGCGAGAAGCCGUAUGUGUGCGACGUGUGUGGGAAGGCCUUCCGGAAGACCUCCUCUCUCACCCAGCACGAGCGCAUCCACACGGGGGAGAAGCCCUACGCGUGCGGGGACUGCGGCAAGGCCUUCAGCCAGAACAUGCACCUCAUCGUGCACCAGCGCACGCACACCGGGGAGAAGCCGUACGUGUGCCCCGAGUGCGGGCGAGCCUUCAGCCAGAACAUGCACCUGACCGAGCACCAGCGCACGCACACCGGGGAGAAGCCGUACGCCUGCAAGGAGUGCGGCAAGGCCUUCAACAAGAGCUCCUCGCUCACCCUGCACCAGAGGAACCACACCGGCGAGAAGCCCUACGUGUGCGGCGAGUGCGGCAAGGCCUUCAGCCAGAGCUCCUACCUCAUCCAGCACCAGCGCUUCCACAUCGGGGUGAAGCCGUUCGAGUGCAGCGAGUGCGGCAAGGCCUUCAGCAAGAACUCCUCGCUCACGCAGCACCAGCGCAUCCACACCGGGGAGAAGCCCUACGAGUGCUACAUCUGCAAGAAGCACUUCACGGGGCGCUCGUCCCUCAUCGUGCACCAGAUCGUGCACACCGGGGAGAAGCCCUACGUGUGCGGCGAGUGCGGCAAGGCCUUCAGCCAGAGCGCCUACCUCAUCGAGCACCAGCGGAUCCACACCGGCGAGAAGCCGUACAGGUGCGGCCAGUGCGGGAAGUCCUUCAUCAAGAACUCCUCCCUCACUGUGCACCAGCGGAUCCACACGGGCGAGAAGCCCUACCGAUGCGGCGAGUGCGGGAAGACCUUCAGCCGGAACACGAACCUGACGCGCCACCUGCGGAUUCACACCUGAGCCCCUCUGUGCAGGGCUCUCCCUGGGGGUGCUCGGGACGGACGCCAGAUGGGUGCGCGCUUUGUCAGCAGUGCUGUGAGAAGUUCUCCCCUGGGGUGGGGACUCGGGGUCAGGGGAGCUCAGGAAUGUGGGGUUGUGGAGGGGCUGGCUGAUCACACAUGCCCCUCCUUACUGAGGCUCAGAAAGCAAGCCCCUCGGUGUCUGACGUAUCUGGGGACACUUCAAGGUUCACUGUAGCUGAGCCGUGGCCGCUGGUAACAGACAUCAGGGUUCCAGACUAGCCCUCUGAGUAACUGUACUACAAGCUUGGACAGGUCAUGCCCGCCUCCACAUCUCUGUUUCUUCAGUGGGAAAGUGGAGCUGGUGGAGGGGAGGGAGGAGACAUCUCCCUCUUUGUCAGAUACACCCUGGAGUCCACAUGCAGCUUGUCACCAUCUGCAUUUUCUCGGUGGGUUGGGAGCUUGAGGGCCUUCCUAUCCCUCCACCCACCAUUUCCCUGCAGUGCGCGCUGGCAGCCACCAAGCUAGGAAGUGGCAGGAGUUUGCCACUUGUUUGUGAGGGGAAAAAAAUUUUUUUUCAGAGUUAGCAAAUAACAGUAACUACUGCUUUGAAUGCCAAAGUUUCUUCGAGUGGUCUGUUACAUUUUUUUAAAAUAAAACUUUUAAUUAAGGGAAACUAUGUUAUUUUAAACAGUCUUCUGUUUUGGCCAGUUGUCUGGUCAAAAUCGGCUUCAGUGAUUGUAGGAGGGGCAAGAGGGAAAAGAAACAGCAGCAGGUUUGAUAUUCAGGAUGAAAUAUGCAUGGAUUCAGUAAGUAUAUACAUCUGAGCACAGACUAUUUUUAUAGUGAUUUUUGCAGCUAAAUGUGAAGGCAACUGUCUUAAGUCCCUUCCUGCUGCUGUAACAGAAGACCUUAGACUGGGCGAUUUAUAAACAAUAGAAUUUGUCACUCAUGGUUCUGGAUGCUGGGAAGUCCAAGAUCAAGGCUCUGGCAGAUUUGGUGUCUGAUGGGGUAUGUUCUUCAUAGGUAGUGCUUGUGUCUUGAUGUGUGUCUUUACGUGGUUGUAAACGGCAGACUUCCUCAGGCCCCUUAUAAGGGUGCUAAUCCCAGUCACAAGGGCCCUGACCUCAUGACCUCGUGACCUCCCAAAGGUCCCCCCUCUUCAUACUGUUACAUUGGGGAUCAAGUUUCUAACUCGUGAAUACGGGGAGGAACCAACAGACCAUAUCAGUAACUUCGAGUGAGUUUCCUAAGGCCGAUUGAAGCUCUGUUUACACAUAAGAGUGUUCCCCAAAGUGCGCUUUCCCUGGGGCCUUUUAGGCCAUCCUUUUUGUUUUGUUAUUUGAUACUACUGGUUGCUAAUGUCCUGGCAUUUCCAGUUGUUCCACGCUCCCUGACAGUGGUAUACACAAAGAAAUAAUACAGAAAAAAAAUUAUAUCGGCAAGCACAUUCUGCAAAUAAGAAAAACAGCCACUCUGGCAUGUAUAAACAAGGUGGACCAUUUUUCAAAUUCUGGCAGUCAAGUGGGCCUCAGGGUGGGUUUGAUUCAGGCUUUCAUCGUUGGAGCCAUAGCUCUGGUUCUCUGUGAUUCUCUGGCUCUCCCCUCAUGAGUUAGCAUCAUCCUUGGGCUGGCUUCCCACGUGGGAUUGUGGUGGUUUCCAGCAGCGAGUCUUGAUCAGACAUUGCUUUAGUUGCAUCUGUUGUGGGAAUAAAUGAGAAUAUGUAUGCACUGCAGAGAAUGGAGUGUUACAACAGUCAGCAAAUAUUAGCUAAAUGUACACAAGAUUUUACUACUCUUUAGUGGCAAAAUGGAGGGGGAAGACCUUCUAAGGCUCUUUGGAGAGAUGAAAUGGCUCAUUUAACCCUCACAAGAUCCUUGAGGUAGGGAUUCAUGUGCAUGUUGUAUAGAUAAGGAAUCUGAGGUUCAGUGAGGCAAGGUAAGCCUCCUGAGGGCACACAGCAUGGAAGUGGAGGGGCCAGGGUGUGAGCUGGGGUCCACCUGGGCUCCGAGGUCCAUGCUCCUUACCUACACUGGACUACUUCUAGAGAUGGACAUAUUGAAUUUCCCAGGACUUGACUCCUGGCCUUGGUUUCCUGGACUCCCCCAUGUGUGAAGCAGAGAUGGGAUCGAGGCCGCACCACCACCAUCCCCCUCUCCCAUCCAGAAAACCGGCCGGCCGCCUCUCAGGUCCCUCCUGUUUCUUUUCCCUGCAGCCCAAGCUGAUGUGGAGGGCAUUGAGGCUCUCUGGGGGGAUGCUGUGGUACCAGGUGGGUCUCACAUCCCUGGUCUCCUGCCUCCUGGGCAAGCUCCCCACUCAGGGCUCCACGUUUCCCUAAGAGGAACCCCGAGGGGGCUGGAAUAAUGGCCACAUUGAUGGAGUCACUUGUCCACCUCUGAGGGGGCGCUCUCAUCACCCCCACUCUACAGUUGGGGAAACAGGCUCACAGAGGUUCAGCCACCUGCCCAAGGUCACACAGCUCCUGGAUUCAAACUCAGUCUGACUCCAGAAGCUGGACUGCAGUCCAUGGCACCACUCCACCCCCCAGUUCUUCAGUCAGGUACUUACUGAAGCCAAAUUAAAUUUACCCCCCUGAAAAUGUGGGUUUGGCAGGGAUCAAGCAGGUCAGGAACCUGCUUUUUAACAAGUCUUCUAUCCCAUACAUCUGUCCAAGGCACUAUUUGGGGUUAUGUGCUGGCCUUCGGGUUCACCCUCAUGGGGCCCUGUGUCCCUGUGUCCCCAGGCCUGACCCAAGCCUGGCCUUGAGGUAGAGGUCGUAGGUGCUGGGUGGGGUCUGAAUGACCUCUUUACUCACUCGGAGUAAAUGCCAAACUCCUCACAAACCCCCAUGUGACGCAGCCUCUCCCAGCUCCCGUCCCGCUCCCCCUCCUCACUCUGCUCCAGCCACACUGGAGCAGUCCCAGCGCUGGCCCAGCCCACUCCCACCGCAGGGGCCUCUCCCUUCCUGGCCUGGCACCCACACUGAGCUUCCUCAGGUCCCUGAUGCUCAGUUUCACGUGUUGGCCUGGCUGGGCUCCAAUGCCCCGCAGUUCCAUCACACAGAGAGUCCCGGUGGUGCUGAGAAGACACUUUAUAGAUGUGGACGCCACCCAUGUCAGCUGACUUUAAGUAAACGAUUAUUAUCUGCAAUGUGGGUGGGCCUCAUCUCAUCAGUUGAAGGCCCUAAGAGCAAAACCAGUUUAUUGGAGAGGAAGAAGCUCUGCCUCAGGAUUACAGUGCCAACUCCAGCCUGAGUUUCCAGCCUACCAGCCUGCCUUAUGGAUUUGGGACUUGCCAGCUCCCACGGUAGCAUGAGCCGGUUAUUUAAAUUAAAUCUAUUUAUAUAUAAAAGUAUACAUAUGCCAUGUGUAUAACAAGAAAUAUGAGGUAUAUAAAAGGAUAUGUAUAAGAUAUAUAUAGGGUAGGGCAUGGUGGCCCACACCUGUAAUCCCAGCAAUUUGGGAGGCCAAGGUGGGAGGAUUGCUUGAGACCAGGAGUGUGAGACCAGCCUGGGCAACAUAGCAAGACCUCAUCUCUACAAAAACGUUAGAAAAAUUAGCCAGGUGUGGUGGCAUGUGCCUGUAGUCCCAGCUACUCAAGAGACGGAGGUGAGAGGAUUGCCCGAGUCCAGGAAUUAGAGGUUGCAGUGAGGUAUGAUCGUGCCAUUGCACUCUAGCCUGGGUGACAGGGGAAGACAUUCUCUCU